CGAAAUGGGUCUAAAUGUAAUCUUCCUUCAAAAACACGAUACGGGUAUCAGAAAAAAACUUAAGUGCUUCCGCCCUCUGUGCAAAGGUACCCAAACCUCUUCUCGCUACUCUGAUUCAUGUAGAGGUGUGGUUCCGUACCAAAUGCAACUCUCGCUAUUGGGUACCGUGCACGUUAUACCAAAUAGAGGGGGGACUGUUACCUUUCCAACCGCUCUCCUAUUGCAAUCCAUUCAUUUCAUCUCGAUCCUUCGCUCGAAUAACUCCUCAUCUAAAUUUUCAUCCCUUAAAAAAUAACAAUGUAUAAACUCAAAAAAAUCAUCGAAAUUCAAGCGGCCAGAAAGCCUGCUUUGGUGAUGAUGGCUUUGAAAGAAGUGAACACGACGAGGGCUUCGGAAGAAAGUGUGUUAAAAAUCAGCAAGUGCCUGUUUGGGAAAUGUGAUCCAGAUGACACCUUGAGGAUGUUGCAGGAACAGGUGGAGAUGGACAAGAUUAGAUUUAUGGAGAGGUUUGGCAUCGAUAUCGAUAGGAUGGAAGAGGAAGAAACGGAGAAUGUUAAUCCUAAUAUUGUGAAAAAACCCAGUGAAAACUCCCUGCAGAAACCUUUGGCGAAUAGAAAGAGGAAAAUGCUAUGUGGAAAAGGCAACAAACGUAUAACAGAAUUCUACAAAAUGAAGAAGCCUCGUCUACAAGACAAGGAGAACAAGACAUCAUAGUGAACAAUGGUCUCCGCCCAUGUGAUACUAUUAUUUGUACAUAGUGUAUAUAACCGGCCUAAAUUAUUUAUUGAUUCGUGAAGGGUACCAUGCAGCAUUCGAUCCAAAGUUAUAUUUCAAAUAAAUUGAAGGAAAUUCUAGUCCUAGCUUAGAUAAAUUAUAUUAAUAAUGAUUAUGAGACUGUAUGCAAUAAAUUAUUUUAUAUUA